AUGACCACCGCACAGUCCGCACAAUUAUUGGCUUUUUAUCAUGUCACUGCGAUUGAAGAUUGGACGUGCUAUAAUGUAACAAAUUAUUAUAAUGCGAAAAUGGAGCAAAAAGAAAGAAAGAAAAUACUAGACCGUAUAAAGAAAGACCUUCAGACGGUGGAAGAAUCUAAUUUAUUUGACGUGUUGAGAAAGAGAAAAGCUCGAGAAAUCCUCGAUGACUGGAAGUGUUCGACACUUAGUGCAAGCUGGGACUAUUCGUCUGAAGGAAUGACCUCCAACAGUGAUGAACUAUUCGUUCGACGCUUAGCGCAAGCUGGACUAUUCGUCUGCAGUGAUUGGGUUUCAUCGAGGAGUUUAGAAAAUGGUUCGGAUAAUGCAUUUGUGAAUGUUGGGCAUUUGCAUGUAAAUCAACUAAAUCAACUUGCAACUGGAAGUUGCGCGACAUUGCAUGACAACCGUUGCAUGAAGCAUCAUCGAGAUUCGAAUAAUGAAGAGGAAAUACCAAGUACUGAAGAAGUUACGGCUCCAUCAAAAAAGAUCAAAACUACUAUUGAAGAUGGCGAGAGACGAACUCCAUCAGAACGAAUCGUAGAAGAUAAACCAUCGGGCUCAGCUGAGGAAGUCUCUCCCGAUAAAGAGGGUGUAGAGUCAGAUAAUGUGGAAUUUACAGAUUCUUCACUUUCGAAUGAAUCAAAAAAGUCGUCGAAGAUGAUCCUCUCGUGGAAGCACGUUGCUGAGAAAAUUAUAAUUGAUCGUAGUUCGGACCAUGAUUGGAUCAUGAAUGGAUAUAAUAUUUCAGAAGACUUUC